CGCUGUACGUGGGCCGCGAGGAGCUCAACAUGCUGAUGGCGCAGUUGUUGGGGAACCGGCCGUCGCCGCGGGACGUGCCCUCCCGCCUCAUCUGCGUGUCGCUCUUCAAGGACGAUGACGGUGACGCGGAGCAGCUGGCGGUGGCGGGCCCUUCCGGCGCGUCGGCGCCCUGCUCGUCGCCGAGGGCGUCCACCUCGACGGCGGCAACCCCGUCCGCCAGUCUGCUCAACAUCGACGCGUCCGGUUCCGCCGGCAGUCGGUCCGCGUCGCUGCAGCAGGUGAUGAGCGACCUGCACGCCGAGGACGUCGAGGACGCCGCCGUGGCGGACGCGCGGGGCGCCGACGGCCGCGCCGCCAGCACGCUCAUGGACCUGUGGGACGACCUGGACGACGACGACCUGGACGACGACGACGAGGCCGAGAACACGGCGCUGCUGUGA